ACAAAGAAAAGGAUCACCAGCUCGAAGCCCUCAGCUCCAGAAUAAGGUGCCCUUCUCCAGCAACUUGGCAGAGCCAGCAGUGCCUGCUGUUGUGGAAACCGGGGUCAUGAAGUGUCUACGGAAGAAAACAGCUUCCCCUGGAUCCGUGUUGCAAAGUGUGUUCCUGAUCAGUGCCCUACAGCAUGGCUACAACCAGGUGCUGUGCCAGACCCUGCCUGAGAGAAACUUAGAAAUCACCUCCCUGAAGCACGAGGCCAAGAACUUAAGGAGGGAGACCACCAUCACGUCAGAGAUGGUGUCAUCUUUGCAAAGAGAUGUGUUAGUAAAGCAUGGUCAAGUUCAACAACUACAACAGGAGGUGAAUCAACUGAAAAGUGAGAACAAAGAAAAGGAUCACCAGCUCGAAGCCCUCAGCUCCAGACAAAUCCAUGACAUGGAAAAAGAAAUGAGGAAGCUCAGGGUGGAGCUGAAAAGGAGCAGUACCGAGGAGAGCCUGAUCUCUAUGACGCUGCGGGAAAAGAGCAAGAUGAAGAUCAAGAGUUCUCUGGAAACUCAGCAGUAUUUGCUGCAAGAAGAGUUACGGCAGCAUCUGGCAGAGAAGGAGAAGCUGACCGAGGAAAGGCUACAGCAAGAGGAGAAGCUGAAAGCCAGAGUCAAGCGGCUAAUGGCAGAGAAAUCGGUUGGAGCCAGAAAAGGCACCCCAAAGAUGGACCAAGGAAGGGAGAUGCUGAAGAGAGAAAUGUCCAGCAAAUCCAGCCAGAGCCUUCUGUUUUCUAAACCUGGUGGAAGGAACUAGAAACGUCGCCCCGCUGGGCCACGCAUGAUCCUCCGUGAGUCAGUGAAACUCUUCUGCGUCAAACUACUAAGAUGCUUUUUUAGGACAUUAAAGGUUGCUACCCUAGUGUGUUGCUUCCUAGACUGGUAUUUUGCACAAUACUGUAUUUUGGAGUGUGUGAGGAGAGGGGUUCUUUUCACAGAUAUUAUGAAUGUAAACAUACACAGGCAUAUGAAGAAUAAGUUUGAAAUUCAGACUCCUAGGCCUGGUAGAUGCAAUUGGGUGUUUGGGUAGUGACAAACCCAAAUGUCACACCUCCAAGGAGCUCUGAGAAGCCCGCAGUUGAGAAAACCCAGGGCGUGUACUGGGGCCACAGGACAGAAUGGUAACCUCAGGGCUGUUGGGGCCAUGGUAUAGUGCAUUUAUAUCUGAAUUGAUUAUAAUAAAUGUGAACAGCAACCAGUUUUAUCGCUUCCAUAACAGUGAGUCAUGUUUAUAUGGCGCUCUGCGGUGUUCAAAACACUUCUCAUCUAAUCCUCUCUCAAGCCCUGGGAGGUAAAUAGCAUUAUGUUCCCCAUUUUACAAAUGAGGAAGCUGAGGCCCAGAGAGGUUAAAUGGCCCGUCUAAAGUCACACAGCUAGUAAAUUCAAGAAUUGAGUCUGGAACCCAGGUUUCUAACUCCAUCUCACGCUGCCCAUUCUGCCGCACCAAGACAGCCCAGUAGGUCAAGUCCCAGGCCAUCAGGACAGACCAAGUACCCAGUCAUCAAAGAACACACACUGCCCAGGUGGACACACCCCUUUCCCGUGGUGUUUGAAGAGACCCUCAUUUUUGCCUUCUCUCCAGCCAUCUGUUCUCUCCCUGCCUUUCUUGUACGGCCAGAGACCACCAAACAAAACAGGAGGAAGAGCCAGAAGCCAUGAAUAUCAUUUAUUUUUUAUUUUUAAAAAGGCACAAUAAAAGUAUUUUGAUA